AUGAGUCAAGAUUCCCCUGCGCUCCGAUAUGUGCGCUACGACAGUGCGCGCGAAAAUGAAUAUGUUGCCGCUAUGCGCCAGCUGAUCUCCAAGGAUCUGUCCGAACCCUACAGCAUCUACGUCUACCGCUAUUUCCUAUAUCAAUGGGGUGAUCUUUGCUUUCUCGCCAUGGACGAUAAAGAUGAGAUGGUCGCGGUGCGCGAGGAGUUUCGAGGUCAGGGCAUCGCAACGAAGCUGGUUCGCAUGGCGAUUGAUGCUAUGACAGAACGGGAUGCGGAUGAGAUCGUCCUCGAGACCGAAAUCACAAAUACCGGUGCGAUGAAAUUGUAUGAGAGACUGGGCUUCCUACGCAGCAAAGGACUCCACCGAUACUACUUGAAUGGAAAUUCGGCGUAUCGCCUCGUGCUAUAUCUGAAAGAGGGUGUUAGUGCCAUCCGAACUGCCUUUGAUCCUUUUGCACCACCUCACCCGGCGCACAUGGAGGCGCCCGCUGUACCUCUCCCAGGCAAUGGUGGCAUUUGA